AGCGAAAUGGCUCUCAUCAUCACCGGCGAGCAAUACGUCCAGGCCUGGGGGGCCGUCUUCGGCGUCUACGCGCUCCUGAUGCUCCUCGCUCCCGAGAAGAUGGUGAGCGAUCACUUCAAGGCGAAGUGCACGCCGAUGAACGCCUUCUGGAUCCGCGGACAGUCCGUUUCCGUCGCAGCCACCGCGUACCUCCUGCAGAAGAUUCCCACCGCCGAGGCUGUUGACUUUGGCUUGCUCAUCACCGCCGCCAUCGCCAUCCUCUACCCGUUCAACGCCAAGUUCGGGCUCAUCUCUAAGAACAUGCCCGUCAAGUACACCGGCUUCCCCAACCACUACGUCCCCGAGGUGCUGAUGACCGGGUUCCUCGCCGCGGGCCUUUACCUCAAGUACGCCUGAAUCGACCGACAACGACCCGAUCGGUCGUGAGACUCCGCGGAAACGCGUCUCGCGCUCAACCCCGAGCGCUCGCAGACCGUCCGACCCCCGACAACCGAGAGAGAUUGCCUUGUUAGUUUUUCGUGACGCUUGGCGCUUUUUGACAGAGAAUCCAGUCUGCGUAAA